AUGGAAGAGCAUUUUGAAGCAAGCAGUCAGGCGUUUCAGCAGGGCAGACUUCGCGGAAGCUCUGAUUUGACAAAGCUCGGCUUCAGCCCCAAGCCGUAUCCGGGCCUGGGGACGCCACCGAUCGUCCGCUCUGUCCGCCGCCUACCGUCAUUCCCCAGCUCAGACUCGGCGCCGUCGCCGGUGAAGACGCCCAGCAGCGGGAAUCCCCUGCUCGGAAGCAGCGGCGGCGGUGGCGGCGGCGCUUGCUCCUCGUCGUCGUCGUCGCACAAUCCGAUGCCGCCGCCGAGGACGUCGUCCAAGGAGUCGUCCGGGUCGGAGAGUCAGGGCUCGGGCAGUGGCGGUCGGAGGCAGCAGGAGUUGGAGCUGGAAGUGCGGCACCGGGACCUGGUUCGACGGCAGCGACAUCUGCAGGAGCAGUAUUCCCGACUGCAGGCCCAGUUGGGGGCCACGUUGCCGCGGGGCAGGGACCAGCAGCUCAUGCUGCUCAAGAAGACGGGCUCCGAGGGCAACUUGUUCCGCAACAGGCCCGGGCUCUGUGUGGCGUCAGUAGCGUCCUACUCGGGCUCUCUCACGCAUCUUCUCAUGGGCGGCGGCAAUGACGAUGACAACGAUGAUGUUGCUGUAGCAGCAGGGUCAGCAGCAGCAAUGGCGGUGGCGAGCGUGAGAGGCGCCGUGCAUCGACGAGCGUCUUCCGGUAGUGGCAGUUGGUAUAUGACGGAAACAUGCCUGUCGUCGUUGUCCUCCAGUGUAUCUAUAGAUACUCUUUUCCUGGUAUCCGCCAAAGAACCCAGCGUUGAAUUUGUGUCCACUCUGUUGCUUAAAAUAGGAAGCAGAGAUAAACAUCAUUCAAUUGAAACCCCGGAAGUGUCGACAAGCAACAAGCACAUCGACGAUGACGACGACAACGCAAAACCCCCAGGCUGCUGA